AUGCCGACUGUUGAUGUAAGCGCACAGAGGGCGCAGCUCUUAUCUCAUAAAGAGUUGCUAGCCCAGUUACCGCCCGAUUUAUUGGAAAUAAUUCGCGAUGGUCUCACCCCUGCACAUUUUCUCGAUGCUAUAGCUACGGCGGCACUGAUUCCUGAAUUUACUGGACUUAUAUUUACCCAUUUUGAGAGUGAAAUAUCCGAGAUAUGCGCAAGAUGGCUGAUAAGACCAAGGGAUCAAGGACAAGAAGAUGCUAUUAUCGCAGCUUUUGCAAGAAUCCUCCCGUUUGCGCCAUACCUAUCUGUUUUCUUGGAACGGUAUAUUGGGGAAACCUCAUAUAGACUCGAUUCUGAACUACACACCUUCGGAAUCAACUCACUCAACACGCGACCUACCGAGAACUUUGCUAUACAUGACUUACAACGGAUUUUACUUGCCUUCUGGAGACUCUUGAAUUUUGACAAGAAAACCUUCAGUCGAUUAGUUCCGCCUUCUAGAAUACAGGAUCUAUUUAAGCACGGCCAAGCCUCCGUCAGGUAUCUUGCUAUUAGAGUGUUCUGUUGUCAGCUUAGUGCUUCCGACUUUAACUUGGAGGUGCUCAUCCGCCAGUAUAUUAAACAUGAAGAGUCUCUAGUUGGAGAUUUCGACGGAGUCCAAGUUGACUACACCUUUCUCUCGUUAGUUGAGCGUCGACGAGCAGAAGAAUGGGAUAAAUCUCGACACAAGAUACGUGCCGAACUUGGAAACUAUAAAGGAGAGAAGUUCCACCCCCAGGCACUCGGCGACAUAGUUAUUCAGUAUAACACGACGAUCCUCCCUCGACCGAACGGCCCGUCUCGUGCAAUGUCUAGGUUGGUACAAACUCCCACGACCUUAACUAACCUGCAAAACCUCGCACAGAACCUCCAGCGAUUGGGGCCGAUACUUUUGCAUGGAUUACCCGGAUCUGGGAAGACGUCUAUAGUGCAUGAGCUUGCCCGUGAACUUAAGAUGGAGUCGAGCAUGGUAACAUUGCACCUGAAUGAACAGACAGAUGCUAAAAUGCUCAUUGGCCUAUACUCCACAGGCUCCAAGCCUGGUUCCUUUUCGUGGAGACCGGGUGUCCUCACAACAGCUGUUCGCGAGGGGCGCUGGGUUCUAAUUGAGGAUUUGGAUAGAGCGCCGAAUGAGGUUAUGAGUACUCUGCUACCCUUGGUGGAACAUGGCAAGUUGCUUAUUCCCAGUCGUGGUGAGACGGUAGAGGCUCCGAGCAGUUUUCGACUGUUUGCGACCGUUCGGACGACACGAGGAAUGAAUGGGCAGGAGAAUCUCCCCAGUAUACUAGGUCAGCGAUUUUGGAAUCUGUCCGGUGUAAAGAUGCCUCCGCCAGUCGAGCUGGAGUAUAUCAUCGUUGGAAGUUACCAUCUACUACACAAAUAUACUCCGAUGAUUAUGUCAGUCUAUAGGCGUCUUUGCCAUCUAUCCAGUCUCCCACAUGUGAGCAACUCCGGGCGGAGCAUAGUAGAGCGUUCCGUCACGCCUAGGGAUGUCUUGAAAUGGUGCCGCCGCCUUAACGAAACCCUCGUAGCUUCAGGCUGCAAGCUUGGCGACGAACCUAUAAGCGAGACCACGAGAGACUGGAUGUUCAUGGACGCGGUCGACUGCUUCUGCGGUAACCUCUCCAAGCCGGAAGCAAGAGCUGCUCUUGUUAGCUGCAUUGCCGAGGAGAUGCACCUUUCGCAGCAGCUUACAGAACACUACCUUAAAGUUCACGUACCGCAGAUGGAGGAAAGCCCUAGUAGUUUUAAAGUCGGAAGAGUCAUGUUGACUAGAAAAAAACACGCUAAUAGAGUGGUCAAGUCAAGAAAACCCUUUGCGAGCACCAGUCACUCCAGGAGGCUACUCGAACAAAUAUCGAUGGCUGUCAAAUUGCGCGAACCCGUGCUUCUCGUAGGUGAGACCGGUAUUGGAAAGACGACAGUUAUCCAGCAAUUGGCCGAAUCUCUUGGCCAUAAGCUUGUGGCUGUGAAUCUGUCCCAGCAAAGCGAAGUUGGGGACCUCUUAGGUGGCUUUAAACCGGUAAACGCCCGAAGCCUUGCCGUACCAUUGAAAGAAGAAUUCGAGGACUUAUUUGCUUCGACGGGGAUCUCCGCGUCGAAGAACCAGAAAUAUCUGGAACAGAUCGGCAAGUGCGCUGCGAAAGGCCAGUGGACAAAGGUAUCGAAGCUGUGGCGGGAAGCACCAGCUAUGUUUAAUAAGAUCGUGAGCCAGCUACAGACCCAAGCCAAUGCCUCCAACAGUGGUGAUUCCGAUGGACAACCUGUUGUCAAGAGACGUAAAGUGGAGUCGAGAUUGCAGUCGUUACUCGACCUGAGGCCACGUUGGGAGGCGUUUUCUCGGAGUCUGGCACAGUUCGAUAUCCAAAUCUCGGGAGGCUCAGGCAGUUUCGCUUUUUCAUUCGUGGAGGGUAAUAUUGUCAAGGCCGUAAGAAAUGGAGAUUGGGUUUUGCUGGACGAAAUCAACCUCGCAUCGCCCGAUACGCUGGAGAGCAUAGCUGAUCUACUUGCUUCUGGGCCCAAUGAUGAGCCGUCAAUCCUGUUAUCGGAAACUGGCGACAUAGAGCGUGUUAAAGCGCAUCCGGACUUUCGUAUAUUCGGAGCCAUGAACCCGGCCACAGAUAUUGGUAAGCGUGACCUCCCCCCUGGACUGAGAUCACGCUUCACGGAAUUUUACGUCGGCAGCCCAGACAAGGACCUAAAGGACCUUCUAACAAUCAUCAAGGCUUAUCUGAGCGGGAAGAGCGUCAAAGAUGACCAGGCCGCCGACGAUAUUGCCAGAUUAUAUCUCAACACCAAGACGCGCGCGGAGGAGAAACGUUUGGUUGACGGCGCUAAUGAAGUACCUCACUUCAGUUUGCGAACGCUCACUCGUGUCUUGAGUUACGUGAAUGAUGUCGCUCCGUUUUAUGGUCUUCGACGAGCUUUAUAUGAGGGGUUCUCCAUGGGUUUCCUCACAUUGUUGGAUAGAGCAUCCGAAGAGACGCUCGUGCCAUUGAUCCACCACCAUCUCCUCGAUAGAUACGGUGGCGCUAGGUCGUUACUCUCGCAGCCGCCAAGAUACCCUGACGAUGGAAAACAAUACGUCAAGUUUGUGAACAGGAAUAAGGACCGACAGUAUUGGCUACUUCGAGGAGAAGAGACUCCUAUUGAACGAACUGACUAUAUCAUCACGCCUUACAUUGAGCGCAACCUCUUAAACUUGGUGAGGGCUACUUCAACUAGGCGUUUCCCUAUUCUCAUCCAGGGUCCUACGUCAGCAGGCAAGACCAGUAUGAUCGAGUACCUUGCAAAUUUCAGCGGCAACAAGUUCGUGCGAAUCAAUAAUCACGAACAUACGGAUCUUCAGGAGUACCUCGGAACUUAUAUCUCUGACGCCGAAGGAAAGCUACGGUUUCAAGAAGGUUUACUGGUACAAGCUCUCCGACAAGGACACUGGAUUGUACUUGACGAACUCAAUCUCGCGCCUACUGAUGUUCUAGAGGCGCUAAAUCGUCUCCUUGACGAUAAUCGCGAACUGCUUAUUCCUGAGACGCAGGAAGUUGUCCGGCCGCAUGAAAAUUUUAUGUUGUUUGCAACUCAGAACCCGCCUGGCUUAUACGGAGGCCGAAAGGUGCUUUCUCGAGCUUUUCGGAACAGAUUCCUCGAACUCCAUUUCGAUGACAUUCCUGAAGACGAGCUCGAGAUUAUUCUACAGAAGCGCAGUUUAUACACUGCGCCUUCUGAUUGCAAGAGGAUUGUCAAUGUGUAUAAGGAGCUCUCAAGAUUGCGGCAGACGAGCCGUCUAUUUGAGAACAAGGAUAGUUUUGCGACAUUGAGAGAUCUAUUCAGAUGGGCUCUAAGGGGAGCUGAGACUCGAGAGGAAAUCGCGGCUAAUGGAUUUAUGCUCCUUGCCGAGCGUGUACGGAACGAGGAAGAGAGAGUGGCCGUUAAGAAAGUCAUCGAGACAGUUUUUAAAGUCAAGAUCGACCAAGAACAGCUCUAUGAUAUCCACAGAUCGCCGUAUUUGAGAGUGCAGCCUCCAAAUAAUGGCCAGGGCGUUGUCUGGACCCACGCUAUGCGCCGUUUAUAUGUACUGGUUGCAAGCGCGCUUCGUAAUAACGAGCCAGUACUACUUGUCGGAGAGACUGGUUGUGGUAAAACUACUGUCUGCCAACUCCUUGCCGAGUCCCUUGGCAAGGAAUUGCACAUAGUCAAUGCGCACCAAAACACGGAAACGGGCGACCUCAUCGGAUCCCAACGACCAAUCAGGAACCGGGGCGCUGUUAUAGAUGUAUUAACUCAAGACCUCGUUACAGUUCUACAGGAGCUUGGGCAAGUGGUAGAAGGCAGCGUGGAGGUCUUGUUAGAGAAGUAUCACGCUCUUGAUAAUUCGACCCUGUCGAGGAUACCCGUGGAUUUGCGGCGGAGAAUCUCGGAUAACGAAAUCAAGAGCAAAGCUCUCUUUGAAUGGGCAGAUGGAAGUCUAGUCCAUGCCAUGCGGGAUGGCCAAUUUUUCCUUCUUGAUGAAAUAUCGUUGGCGGAUGAUUCCGUCCUGGAGCGACUGAACUCUGUCCUCGAGCCUCAGCGUACAUUGCUCCUUGCCGAAAAGGGGAUCGAUGAUUCGUUUAUUAAGGCUUCUGACGGCUUCCAGUUCCUGGCAACCAUGAAUCCUGGUGGUGAUUUUGGCAAGAAAGAACUUUCGCCAGCGUUAAGGAACCGAUUUACUGAAAUAUGGGUGCCUCCUCUGUCAGGGAACGAAGAUGUACUGCAUAUCGUGUCUUCGAAGCUCAAACCUGAGUUUCAGCCGGCUGCUAGGGUCAUCGUCGAAUUCUCUUACUGGUUUGGACAGAACUUCCGAUCUACGGCUUCAACCGCGUUUUCAAUAAGAGAUAUCCUGGUCUGGGUCAAAUUCGUCAACGAGAGCACUGCUAUAAAUGCAGAAGCGUCGGUAGUCCAUGGAGCGGCGACGGUUUUCAUUGAUACCCUGGGUGCGAACCCGUCUGCCUUGAUCGCGAUAGACCCUAAGAGUAUGGACACGCAGCGACAAAAAUGUUUGGACAAGUUGAGCGAGCUUCUUGGUUGUGAUGCAACCACGAUAUAUAGGGCACCCCUUGAACUUACCGUGAGACCUGAAGAACUGCGGAUUGGCGACUUUUCUAUUAAUCGUGUAGCCAAUGAGAAUUUUGAAGCAGGGUUCGCCUUACAUGCCCCUACUACUAAGCUCAACGCAAUGAGAAUCAUUCGCGCCCUUCAAGUUCAAAAACCUAUUCUUCUGGAGGGUAGUCCGGGUGUAGGAAAAACGACACUGGUUAGCGCUCUUGCACGAGCGUGCGGCCGGCCUUUAACAAGAAUUAAUCUGUCUGACCAAACUGACUUAAUGGAUCUAUUCGGAACUGAUGUUCCUGUUGAGGGAGCCGAGGCUGGUCACUUCGCAUGGAGAGAUGCACCGUUUCUUCGCGCUAUGCAGAACGGAGAGUGGGUACUACUGGAUGAGAUGAAUCUGGCUUCUCAAUCCGUUCUUGAAGGUCUCAAUGCGUGCCUUGAUCAUCGAGGAGAGGUUUAUGUCUCCGAGCUUGACCAAGUAUUCAAGAAGCACCCUGACUUUCGUCUCUUCGCAGCUCAAAAUCCACACCACCAAGGUGGAGGAAGAAAAGGACUGCCUAGUUCCUUUGUCAACCGUUUCAUUGUGGUAUAUGCGGAUGUAUUCAGCGAAGAGGAUCUUCUGCUUAUUGCUGAGCACAACUUUCCUAAAGUGGCUCCCGAGACGGUUCGCAAAAUGAUUAAUUUUAUAUCCAAUCUCGAGACACGCAUCUUGGUCGAGAAGGCUUUCGGAUCCCAGGGUAGUCCCUGGGAGUUCAACCUUCGUGAUACUCUGCGAUGGCUGCACUUACUUACCUCAUCAGAUCCUUUACUGAGUACCGGGAAGGUCGACGACUUCUUAAAUAUUGCAAUCCGACAACGUUUCCGAACAGAAAGGGACAGGCUGGAGGUAGACAAGCUUUUUGCGGAAACAUUCGAGGCGCCCCCAAAAAGUCAUCAAUUAUAUCAUAACAUGAAUUCGUCCUUACUUCAAGUUGGGCUCGCGUUGGUGCGGCGGAACAAGCUCCUACAGCCGUCGCAAUUUCCCAGCAUGGAUGUUGUCCCCCGGCUCAUGGAGAUAGAAUCUCUUUUAAUAUGCAUUAACCAGAAUAUUCCCUGUAUUCUUGUCGGACCCUCAGGAAGUGGAAAAUCGAUGCUCUUGCAGCAUGUUGCCGCUUCGUGUGGAAAGUCGCUUGUCACAUUUCCGAUGAACGCCGAUAUAGAUGCUAUGGAUCUUGUUGGAGGCUUUGAGCAAUCCGACCCUGUGCGCGAUAUCAAUGCUGCGUUACGAGAACUGCGGGAAGCUUUACAAAUCUCGACUGCGAGCACGCUGGUCGAAGGCACGCUCGGGUCAGCGGUUGACUUAUUGAACGUUCUUGGCUCCUUGACAAGCCAGGCCGGAGUCCCUCAAUCACUGCUGGACCGCAUUGGAAACCUCUUAGCUCAAAUCCCGGAAAAUUCGGAUUUGGCAAUAACGCUCUCAAAUGUGCGCGAGACCCUCCAGCGUUCUAUAAGUAUUUCAAACCCUAAGUUUGAAUGGCUAGACGGCAUCAUCGUCAAAGCUCUUCAAAAUGGGGAUUGGUUGGUUCUUGACAAUGCGAACCUCUGCAGCGCUUCUGUUCUCGACCGAUUGAAUUCCUUACUCGAACCAGGUGGUAAUCUGAUUAUCAACGAACACUGUGGUCCAAAUGGCGAACCGAGGAUUAUUGAGCCUCAUCCUGAUUUCAGAGUGUUUUUGACUGUCGAUCCUCGCUAUGGAGAACUCUCACGGGCAAUGAGGAAUCGUGCUAUCGAGAUUUAUAUUGAACCUCACAACUCAGCCGCGCCCUUCUGGAGGAGUCGUGUCGCCGAGGUGGAGUCGAGCCUGAAGAGAUAUGAAUUGCAAUCUGCGGCGCUGUCAUUCGACAUUGAAAAUAACUCGUCUAUAUUCGAUGUGGCUGUAGAUGCGUUAUCCUUCGACGACUUGCCCUUGCUGAAGAAGUAUACGCCAUUCGAUUGGCAGCCGCGGGCGAUGCCACUGGUACAACGAAAAGAGAUUGCAGAACGUCGUUUUAGAGGUGCGCAGUUAGACUUUAAUAGUGCUAAGCAGACGAUAGGCCCGUUUCUUGAUUCCGAAGUCAUGGUUCAUAUUCUUACUACGAUCCGCCAAUUAUAUGCCCCGUUGGCUCAGACUAUCGCUCCUAGUUUUGAAGAUAUGCAGCCGCUCUACCCGCUACAAAAUUCAACGAUUGUUUCAUGUCUUCAAGGUGACUUUCCUCAGCUUCCAUUCUGGUUAGCAGCAUGCUAUGACCGCUAUGUGGACAUUGCCGAAGCUAGGAGGCGACUGUCUUUAGAGAAUCCCAACGGCAAGGGCUUCCGGGUGUCCGAAUUGAAUCGUCUUCAGAGGUCAUGUAUUGCUCACAGUGUGGCCGCUGCUUCAAAGGAUUCAACUGUAGGAGCAUAUGGGUUCCUUAAUAAUAUCCUGAAUGGCCUUUGCAGUUUUAUGCAUGCUAAUAUGUUUAAUACCAAUUCUUGGAGAGACCGGGCGUACUUCUGUCGGGAUAUUAUGAACAAUUGGUGGAUAGCAGUCAAGUUCCUUACUGCACCACGCUUUACUGAAGCAGGGUUCCAAGCUUAUCUGAGCCUCUUCUCCGAUAUGCUGUCCGGUUACAUCUCCCAUGGUGCGGAUAACAGGACACGUGAACUGGCCUCAUAUAUCCUUAAGAUGAUAAACGACUGCUUCGUUUCUGGGUUUACCCUGUCUACGGGCUUGAGUAUGGAAAUUCUCUGGGAGGGAUUGCGGCCUAUUCCGAUCAAGGACGAAUUACUUCUAGACAACAUUCGCCGCAUGGAACGACUGGCCGCGCAAUUUGACUCGGUUAAAUGGAAGUCUACUACUAGGUUGCCGGAUCUUGCUAACAUAAUGGGGUCUUUUGUUAAAGUAUACCAACUCAUCAGGCUGGGGCAACCAAAGGUGGAAGAACUCUUGGGAACACUGACGACUGAAAUUGACCAAUUGGUUAGCAAACUAGGCGACGACGGUACAGUGACAUCUCCAUUCAUGGCUGCCGAAUUUGAAACCAUGAGGCAGAUCACCCUACUCGAUAGCAUGUCAUGCCGGACAGACCUUCCACAAGCUUCAGGGGAUAUGAUCUUAUUAUCUAGCCUCCCUCUUGUCACGCAAAUGCGCACCGCCAGUGCUUCUACUACGUCGAAGCUCAUGUUGUCAAUUGAAAGCCUCGCUAGCGACAAUAUUGAGCAGCAGCACUGGGAUGAUGUCUUAUCAGCUCGAAUCAUAUCAAAACUUGAGACCGUCGAUUCAGCAGGUCUUGGUUCUUUGGCUUCACUCGAAGCGGAGCUGCCAAUUUUAGCAAAACAAGUCUGUAAAGAUGCGGAAGCGAUCACUGCUGACCGUCUCGGCAAGCUUAGUGAAGUACUCUGGCAUCUUAUGGCCGAUGUGCUGGCCAUCUAUAAUCCCGCUCUGGUUACCGAAUUUAGCUCGGCUCUGAACACACCUGAAGCUUUGGACGUAUCUAAUUUCUUCGCAAUUGGAGGGCAAGAAAACAAACUAUUCUUCAACAUAGAUCAGUUUGUUCCGAAUGUGAUGCUGACUAGCCAAGAUAAGUAUUCCAAGAUUGACAAGCGUCAUCUUGUUCCCUCUCUUGCAUUCCUAGUUGCGUCUAGAAGCGGAUCUAGACACACAAGGCGUGCUCAUCUUGCAAACGCAUGGGUCCAAUUUUCUGUAGCUCUGAUUAAACUCUUCGUCCCCGACAAGGCAUACGAUCCCCAGCUAAAAUCAGUUCUAGGGCUUGAAGGCUACCAAUACCGCUUGCAGGCCUUGAACUAUGAACUUGAGCUGAUACGACAAUUCGAAAAGUUCCAGACGGGCCAGUCUACAAAUUUAAGAUGCGAACUCCUGGAAGAAGAAAUUGCCGCAGUCGGGCCACCUCCUACUUCGGUCCAAGCUGUCUAUCGCCCUGCGGACCACCAGCUUGCCAAUGUUCAGACAGAAUUCAAUAAUCUGCUGAAGGUGGUACUCAAAACCGAUCUUAGCGUACUUGUUUUACAGCACUGCUCGGGUUCAGGUUCUGCCACGCAACAGCUCGAUGUCAUCCGAGAAAAUAUAUCAAGGAUAGCAGACCGCUUGAAACACGAGAGAUACCGUGCAUACGAAGACAUAGUAUCCCCUGUUAUAAAUAUGAUUCAUUGUCUGGAGAUCGGCUUGUACUUGGGACGACAGGCAGGACCGGAGGUUUCUAGCAGCAAUCAUCCGUCCAAAACAUUACUCAAACUUGCUCCUCUCCUUGGUGGAAAACCGGACGCCUCAGUUAUACAACCAAAUCCAUCUCAGAGCUUAGAGUUUCUCUUCUAUACUCGCAUGAUAGUUGCUGUGGAGGGCUCGAGUGGACUUGAAAGAGUCAAACAGGGAACCUUUCAGGCAAUUCACUCGUUAUAUGAUCAGUGGGCCCUGAAGCUUGAUGCUGAUAAGAAAGCUGAGGAAUCGAAGAAAAGCUGGUAUCGCUAUCGAGGUGGCUUUAGCGAGGAAGAGGCAGCAGAACAAGAAGCGUUCGAUGAGCUGUUCCCGAGCUUUGAUGAAGACAACGAAUCUGAACAGAGGGAUGCCCCUAAAAUCGGCGACGCUCGCGCACUGGCUAUCAGACUAUCACAAUUGCAUAAAGAAAUCUUCCUCACACCCCAAGAAGCUGCCGAAAGCAUAAUCAGCCUGAACAAGAAUUUCGCCCGGAAAAUAUCGGCAGACAUUGAUCCUUCGAUAGAAGAUCGGAAUUUGCUUCCGGUCGUGCUCUUGUCCCUGGAUGAGAAGCUGCAAGAGAUAGGUUCUAACGCUAGCUCAGCUGAAUACAACUUCUACACAGACCGGAACCUUGCUGAGACAAGGAAACUUGUUGGGUUGGUUAAUGAAAUCCGCGCCCGAUUCCAGCAACUUCGGCAAGUCGACGAAAUUGGUCACCUGCAGCCACUGAUCGAUGUUGUAUUAUCUUGCGAUAAAAUCUUGCAGCUUGGACAUUCGGACCCUCUCGCUAGCACAAUACCAAAAGUUGAGCAGUUGCAUGCCUUCGUAUACGAAUGGCAGUUUGGCGGUUGGGCAAGCAAAACAUAUGGCGUGUUACCGUUAUAUAACAGAUUAACGGACUUACUUGUUAGUUGGCGCCGCCUGGAACUCUCGACAUGGGGAAAACUGUUCGACAUGGAAGUUAAGAAGAGCGAAGAGGAUGCCAGUUCCUGGUGGUUCAUCGCUUACCAAGCCAUCAUCGCCGCGCCGUUGACCCUAGCUCAGGAUGGAAAGGAUAUUUCGCAACAUGUCUCUGGCUUGUUGAAGGAAUUAGAGACGUAUUUCUCCUCGGCGCCUGUCGGACAGUUCGCUAGUCGCCUCGGCCUCCUAAAGCAACUUUACAAACAAGUGGAACUGAUCACUUCGGAUUACCCAUCGAUGUCAAUCAUUCAAGAUGGCCUCCAUAAUUUUAUUAGCUUUCACUCCCGGUAUAAAAAGGCCGUAGACGACUUAAUACGUGCUGGCAGGAGCCCCCUCGAGAAGCAGAUGAAAGACGUUCUCCUUUUAGCCAGCUGGAAGGAUACUAAUAUCGUCGCACUACGAGAAAGCGCACGGAAGUCACACCAUAAACUUUUUAGGAUUGUGAAGAAGUUCAGAGAAAUCCUCGGCCAACCUAUGAAGCCGAUUAUUGACGGUGGUCUACCAGACGAGGUACUCGACGAGGCCGCCACAACUGAGAUUGAAACGGAAAUUAUGCCGAUUGACAAAUCUGCAAUUAAGUUGUGCUCUGAAGGCAUUCCUAGCUGGAGAGAUGAGUACCGGCGGUUAGCGAAUACCCAAAGGACAACAGACAUCAUGAGUAGGCUGAGCCGCAUUCCAGAGUCUGCUUUGGAUGCUGGCGAAGCUAUUAACUCUUUCCUAUCCAAUCUCGAGGAAUCAGCCGCUGAGCUUCGAAAAGAGACCCCUAGCACUCUCACCGAAGAGAACAAGGCAUUGGUUAAGCAUUUGAAGUCGCGUAAACGGAAACUGUUUGCGGAGACUCUAAAGGAAGCUAGGCAGAUGGGAAUCCAGUAUAAUCUCAGUACUGAUGUUCUCUCUCAACAAGACGCGCUUUCUACAGUGCUUGCCACAUCAGACACGCUUGAUUCACAGGCCUUUCAGGAAUUCAAGAGCACUGAUUACUACUUCCACAAGAUGCUUGACCUCGCACCUAAGGUCCGACGCGCAUAUAAUGAACACUCGGAUGACCUGACCACGGCAGAAGUAGACAGGAGCAUCGGAUUCCUUGAAGGUAUACUUCAUGUCACGCUGAAUCAAAGACGUGGAUUGGCAAAAGCACUGAAGCACCAUGGCGCACUGACCUCCUCUUCGAAAUAUAUCCGCUCCGUUAGCACUUUGCGGGGAGGCAAUAAAAUCAAAGCCGGGUCGCUGUCUGCUGAUUACGAGAGAGCGUGUGCUUGGCUCGUCCAAAUUAUCAAAGUGGGGAGACAUCUUAUCGAGCUACACGCAAAGUUUGGGAACUUGGACCAUAAGGAGCUUCUCCGACAGCUUGAUGGCAGGUUGACUGAAUUCACUAAUUGGUCUUCCGAAUGGAAAGCACUGCCUAUAUUGCCUAACGAUCUUACCUCGCUUGAAAGGUCUCAAUUAGAAGCCAAGAUCCGUUCAUCGCUUAAUCAAUUCCGGGAUGAGUUGGAUGACGGGUGUCGACGAUGGCCGGUAUUAGCGUUCUUAUUGGAGCAAAUCAAGCUAUGGACUGCUGUGGAUGAGCAGUCGAUAUCCACCUCGAUUCUGGAAACCAAACAAAUCGAAGUCAUUCUUGAUGCUUCUAAGAACCUUUGCGAUAGCAUUCUUGUCACCAUUGAGCAGCUCAAUAAGACAAUGGUCAAGUUGCCUGCUUCGCAAGAGGAAGCCGGAUGGUUGAUAAAGUACGGCGAGGUUAUGACCGAUUCCCUGAAAGUUCUACGUAUGGACAAGGUCGAAAGAAGCAUGACAGAGCUUCUAAAGCUUUUCGCUCAGGUCAACUUGGCUGACUCUUCCGUUAACCAAAUCUCAACAGCCCUGAUGGCAGUCGUGGUACCGAUCGUAGACCAAUAUCAAGUUGCUUGCAACCAGACGAUUGGGUCAUUCGCGCGUGUCCAUAGAAACACUUGCAAGCUUGGCUACAAAUUAAGCAAGAGUUUUACUCAGCUUGCCUCCCAAGGUUUCUGCACUCCUCAAGAGAAGUCGGAGGAAAAGUCCGGAGAGACUGGGGAGCUCGAAAGCGGAACAGGUCUCGGGGAAGGUGAGGGCGCUGAAGAUAUCAGCAAGGAUAUCCAGCCCGACGAAGACCUAUCCGAAUUGGCACAAGAGAAAAAUCAAGAAUCCAAGCAGGAGAUGGAGGAUGAAAAGGAUGCUGUUGAUAUGGCUGACCAGGAGCUCCAAGGCGACGUCGAAAGCGUAGACGGCGGUGACGACGAUGAAAAGGAAUCCAACUCUGGCGAUGAAGAUGAAAGUGGCGAUGAGAUGGAUGAGGAAGCCGGUGAAGUAGAUGAUCUAGAUCCCUCUGCCGUCGACGAGAAGAUGUGGGAUGGGGAGAAUGAGGACGAUGCAGAGAAGGACCAGCAAGGAGAAAACACGAAAGGACAGAAGAAGAAGGACGAACAAGUCGCUGCGGAAGCACAGCCCGAUACCCAGGAAGUUGAUGAAGAGGAAGAUGGCAGCCAAGGCGAUGAAAAUCCUGAUGAGAAUCCUGCCGCGGAAGAGGACGAAGAUGUCCAGCAACAGGAUGAAACGAAUAUGCAGGACCAAAACGUCCAAGAGCAGGAUACCUUGGCAUUGCCUGACGACAUGAACAUCGACGGGAAUGAUGACGAUUCAAUGUCCUCAAUAAGUGACGAUGAUCUAGAUAAACUCUCGGACGUGGACCAGGAAGAGCAAAAGGACAAGCAGAUGAGCGACCAGGAAAGCGAGACAAACGAGGAUGUGGAGAUGGAGAUGGCGCCUCCAGACGCUGGUAAUGAUAAUGAAGAAAUGGACGAGAACGCGGACGAGGAUGAAGAGGCUAGGAUCCAAGAAGACGAACAAGCAGAGGAACCGGAUCCCCAGACAGAAGAACAGGAAACGGCCCAGUUGCCGUCUAACGACGAAGCUAAUGCAGCCAACGAGGACACUGCGCCAAGUGACGUGAAGGGCGGCGGACAAGACCUGGAUCCAAACCAGACCGAAGAGGCUGAUAAUGCCGAAAGCAAUGCUGCCCAGCGAGAGGAUGGGAAAAUGGGCGAGAAUGCAGCAGACCAGGAUGCAUCAGCUGGUAAGAAGGGAAGCGUCUCGAAAACUCAGGAGCAACCUUCUCAGACGGAUCAGACAGAGCUUGAUGAUACUAAGGAUUCAUCGACUCGUCAACCAUUCAAGGCACUUGGUGAUGCUCUGGAGAAGUGGCACAGGCAGCAGCAAGAUAUCAAAGAAGCCCAGGAACAAGAGCCACAAGAACAAUCGACGGAUGCUGAACCGGAGUCAACAAUUCGAGAGUUCCAACACAUCCAAAACGACGAGUCUGCUGCAGAUACUCAAGCAAUGGGCACCUCGAAUGAGGAGCAAAAGCAGCAGAUUGACGAAUCGAUGGCAAUUGAUGAGGAUGAGCAACCUGCAGACAGUCGAAUUAUUCCUGAAGAUGAAGUUGAGACGAAUGAUGCGGACGCGGAUAAGAUGGAUAUUUCGGAGCCCCAGAACCAGCAAGACCAGCAAGAUACGCAGAAGGAAGAGAGACCUAGCGGAGUGUCAACUCACCAAGGUACUUAUAAUCGAGAUACGACACCUCCAACGAACGGAGAGGAGCCUUUAGAGGAAGUGGAGGAAGAGAUCGAAGAGACUUCUACACAGUUGUCGAUAACUCAUCUAUCAGAGCCAAGCUUGGAUCUAAGAGACUUUGACGAGACCGUGCAGCAAUGGACCUCAUUCCAAAGCAAAACUCACCCACUGUCGCUAUCUCUGACUUCUCAAUUACGUCUUAUUCUAACUCCAUCUCAAUCGACAAAAUUAUCUGGAUCUUACCGAACUGGAAAGCGUCUUAAUAUCAAGCGUAUCAUUCCUUACAUCGCUUCUAGCUACAAGAGGGACAAGAUUUGGAUGCGCAGAGCUAUCCCGACCAAACGCUCUUACCAGAUCUUACUCUGUGUCGACGACAGCAAGAGUAUGGGCGAGUCUAGCUCUGGCGAACUAGCUCUUGAGUCCCUCGUCAUGGUCUCACGGGCUCUUACUAUGCUAGAAGUGGGCCAGAUUGGCGUUCUAGGCUUUGGCGCAAAUACUUUUAUGGCUCACGAAUUUACCGAGCCGUUUGCUUCCCACGACGCCGGCGCCAAGGUGCUGCAGAAGUUCACAUUCCAACAAGACUACACAAACAUCGAACUCCUCGUUAAGCAGACAAUCGAGCGCUUCAGGCUCGCACGCCUCCAAAGCACUAGCCGCGGCUCCGAGGAUCUGUGGCAAUUAGCGCUCAUCCUAUCGGACGGACUGACACCGUCAGCGGCUCAUGAGCACAUCCGCGUGCUGCUGCGCGAGGCUAUGGAGGAGCGCAUCAUGAUUGUGUUUAUUAUUAUGGACGACACUGCGUCUGGCAAAGACAAAGACAAGCAGAGCGUCGUCAAUCUCAAGAAGGUCCGAUUCAUGGGUAACGACGAGAUCCGUACCGAGUACUACCUCGACACGUUCCCGUUCCAGUACUAUCUCAUCGUGCAUAACCUCGAAGAUCUCCCUGGCGCGCUGGCGGGGCUGUUGAGGACGUGGUUUGCGGAGGUUAAUUCUUAG